AUGGUUGUUAACAACACAUCCCAACCGAUGACAACAUCUUUAUCACAACCGCUCAUCCGUUAUAUAAAGUAUAUUAUGAUGAAUGACAAAAGCCAUCCACAGUUUCUAUGGCUACUAAUCCUAUGUCUUAUACGAGAGACACUCAGUGAUCACAACUCGCACACUUACAAAGACAACGAUGAGGUGCUGUCUUGGAUGAGUACAGUCGGACCCCGAUAUAAUAAAUAUAGAGCAUAUGGUGUAUCGCAUUAUCUCAAGUCUCGGGCAGAGUCUCGACUGGGAGUCAAACUCGAGUUUUCAGUAAAUAACUAUCAAACUUAUUGCGCGAUUGAACUCAACGCCGAGAAAGUGCGGGCAUUCAAAGAGGCGCUGAAUAAUCACUACUGGUAUGAGAUGUUUGUCGACGAUCUGCCCGUUUGGGGAUCCGUUGGCCAAACAGAUGCCAAACACGACGGCUAUUACUUGUGGACACACAAGAAGCUGGACAUCGGAUAUAACGGCAAUCAUAUCGUUGACGCAAACCUCACGAGUCAAGUGUUGGUGAGGUUAGAGCCAAAUAAAAGAAUUGAUUUCAGUUAUGAAGUCAAUUGGCAUAAGUCUGACAUCACUUUUGAGAGCAGACUUGAUAAGUAUAAGCGCUCGGCGUCUGUCCAACACCGGAUCAACUGGUUGGUGAUCUUCAGCUUUCGGUGCCGGGUAACUAUGGCCGGCACUACAGUUCAAUUGUAUAACACUUCCCACUUCAUACCUGUCCCGCAAACCACUUACUGUCGGCACCUCUCCGGACAGGGACUGAUCGGUACCACUGAUGACAACACUAGUUAUGAAAAUCUGUCUAACCUUCAAGGAAUUGUCCAAAAAUAA